AUGAACGUGAACAUGAAUAUGAUGGACUCAAGUCCCCAUCCCUUCAACCAACCCUCCGCCUCAUCCACAGCACCAUACGCAACGAUAUCUUCAGCGACAGCGCCCACGACCGCAACGCACCCUCCUUCAGACCCGCUCCUCUUCUCAUCCACCUCCGCCCGCACCACCAUCAGCAACAACACCAACACAACCCUAAACCCCAACCCGCAUCACGCGCCCGCCGAUCCCCUGCAUCACCUGCAGCAACAACAACCACACGCAGCAGAGACUGGGCCCUCGGGUCUUGCGCCCGCUGUAGCUGCAGCUGCGGUGGCGGCUGAGUCUCAGGCCUCGGUCCCAGCCCCGGCCCCAGCCAGUGGGCCGACUGCUACAGCGCCAUUCUUGAGAGACUUCAGUCUUGUUGCGGAGGCGGCGAAACGGGCCCAGAUGUCGGUUGUUAUGAGGGAUUUGGAGAGCGUGACGCUAUGA